CCAACAUCCUGGUCAUGCUCGCCGACGACCUCGGGAUAGGCGACCUUGGGUGCUACGGGAACGACACAAUCAGAACGCCACAUAUCGACAGAUUAGCUUCACAAGGAGUGAGGUUGACGCACCACUUGGCCGCCGCUGCUUUGUGCACCCCGAGCCGGGCAGCGAUGCUAACCGGGCGCUACCCAUUCCGAUACGGGCUGGUGGGCGACGACGCAAACAAGGCGGCGCCCGUCCUCCUCCACGUGGCGAGCCGAGCGCACCUCCCGCUCGAUGAAGUGACGCUCGCCAAGGCGCUCUCUGCCGCCAACUACUCCACGGCCCUCGUCGGCAAAUGGCAUUUGGGCGUCCAGUGCGGGUUCCUGGGACGGAGCUGCCCUGGCCCGCUGAACCACGGCUUCGACACCUUCUUCGGAAUCCCUGUCACUCUCUUCUUUGAGUUCCGAGGACCUUACCCCUUCUGGAAGUUCGACCUCAGCCAACCCUCUUACCAGCGACUGCUCGGAACGUUUGUGGCGGCGAUGGCGAGCAUUGCGCUGGGGAAAAAAUACCUUGGGUGGAGGAUUCGAACUGUUAUUCUCCUCCUGCUGCUGACCGAUGUCUUUUUCUUCCUCUACUGGUUCAAAGUCGCUCACAUUGGUUUCAACAAGGAAUGUCUUUGGUGGGUCUCGCCGUGGAUGCACAGGAUGGCCAACUCCAUGAUCCUUCGGCAGGACAAGGUGGUUGAGCAGCCCAUCCAGCUGGACGGGCUGUCGCAGCGGCUGGUCAAGGAGUCCCUGGCGUUCCUGGCUGAGCGCGCGAGGGACGACCGACCGUUCUUCCUGCUGCACUCCUUCGCUCAUGUGCACACGCCCAUGUUUUCGGCCCCGCACAGGACGGACGUCAGCAAGCACGGCAGCUACGGCGACAACGUGGAGGAGAUGGACGAGAGCGUCGGGGCGCUGAUGGACGCCCUCAGGGAGCUCGGCCUUGAGGACAACACCAUCGUGUACUUCACAUCGGACCAGGGCGGCCACGUGGAGGCCAUGGACCUUGAAGGACGCCGCAUCGGGGGCCACAACGGUCGCUUCAAGGGAGGGAAGGCAAUGGGAGGAGCCGAAGGAGGCAUCAGAGUAGCGGGUAUCUAUCGUUACCCGGGGCAUUUACCAGCGGGCACGACCCUUGACACCCCAACCUCCCUCAUGGACCUGAUGCCCACCGUGCUGGACUUGGCAGGGCUCCCUUCCGUGCACGAUCUCGUCCCAAGGACACCUCGAAAGGACCUGGAUGGAGAGAGUAUCGCUGACCUGCUUCAGGGCAAGAGCCGCUCCCCCGCGGGACCUCCUCGCAUUUUCCUUCAUCACUGUCGCAAGGAUAUUCAUGCUGCCAGGCUUGUUACAGAUGACCACGUCUACAAGAUGUACCUAUACAAGCACAAGUGGUUCCCGGGGAGCACACAGUGCGGCUGGGGACACACCGUGGGCUGCUCCUGCGCUAAGGCCUUGAUGCAUGACCUCACCGAACAGCCUGAACUUUAUGACCUUGUUCGUGAUCCCUACGAGGACCAUGACCCUAUCAGCCCGGAAACGGAUGAGUACAAAAAGGUCGUGGGCGCUCUGAUGCAGCACUUGGACGAAUGGAUCCGCACCGUCCACUACCCGACGCCUCAGCUCGCUUCCCGCCUAGAAAUCGCCUGGCUGCCCUGGAAGCAGCCCGUUUGCUUCAACUGCUAGCUGGCCUUUUUCCCCCCCCCCGCUUCCUGCUAGCAUCUCCUGUCUGCGUCAACUAUUUCUGUUUGUAGUUUUUCUUAUCGAGCUCAGUUGCUCGACUGUUUACGUUUGGUUUAAAACUGUGAUGUCAUUUGCUAUUCGUUCUUUACUAGAGUUUCCCGUAUUAGAAUAUCCAAGUAAUGGCAAUGGCCGUUGUAAAUAUAGCAACAAGCUAGUAAAAUUUCAGAUGAAACUAAUGUGUGUGGAUUCCUACGUAUCUACUGAUGAAAUGAGUUUUCACUGCAUACAGGCAGGUCGUCAGGGUAUUGAUAAGUCUAAAUGUCGACCAAACUAAGGAUGCAAUGACGUCAAAAUUAAAUAUGACAUAAUCUAUGCACACACACAAAAAAACGCCGGUAGGGAUGCCGAUAUUGGUAUUCGUGACAUGUAGGUUGGUUUACUUUUGUAUAGCUGGUAGGCCUGGUUUAUUUUUACAAGGACAAUCGCUUCUCACCCGGAAAAUGACAAAUUAUAUUUUCCCGGAAGAAAUGACGAGGUAAUGAUCUGGAAUUAGUAAACUAUCAGUUUUUUUCAUGAAACACGCAUGUCA